AUGAACAUCCGCAUGGUCGAGUGGCUGAGCAAGGCCGCGGGCCCAGAGGCGGCGGGGCACGGCCGGGCUCGGCGGCCGAGCUUCCCCGUCAUCUGUCGGGCGGCGCGCGCGCCCGAGGGCGAGGCGCGAGAGGGCUCUCACCAGCCUCGCGCGCCGCCCGGGGCCUUCGGAGCGCAGCUGUCGAUUCGGCCGGACCCUUGCGUCCUGACGUCUGCAUUCUCCAGGCGGGCAGUCGGAGGCAGCAGCCCCGCACGAGGUCGGCAGACGCAGUGCGGGCAGGAGGAGGCGACGGGCGCCGGCGGCAGGAGCUCUGCCGCGCGCUGUCGUUCGCGUGCGCUGCAGUCGGCCGCCGCGCUCGGGAGCAAGCAGAUCGCGGGGCGAGGCUGGGACCCAGUGAAGAGCGAGGUACUUAGAGACGUGAAGAGCUGCAAGAACAUCAUCAGGUUCGAGAAGCUCCAUGCGGACUUCAACUCGCUGAUGGAGAAGCGGGGCUAUCCGUACCGGCUGACGGCCAAGAAGAGCAUGCCCUCGCUGCAGUGCACCACGACUCUCAGGAGGGAAGACUUCUCGCCCAGGGCAAAGGAGCUCGUGUACCAAAUCUACAGGGAU